AGCAGAACUUGACCGACCUCCAGAGACUCGACUGUUUGGACCUUUUGCUCUUUUUUUGGACGUCUGUGCAAGAAUCUUUGUGAGGAGACAUGGUUGCAGCCGGUUUGCAGAUCCUGGGCAUCGCCCUGUGCAUCAUUGGCUGGAUCGGGGCCAUCGUGGCCUGCGCCCUGCCCCAGUGGAAGGUCACGGCCUUCAUCGGUCAGAACAUCGUCACGGCGCAGACCACCUGGGAGGGGAUCUGGAUGACCUGCGUGGUGCAGAGCACGGGCCAGAUGCAGUGCAAGGUGUACGACUCCAUGCUGGCGCUCUCCAAGGACCUGCAGGCCGCCCGCGCCCUCAUCAUCGUCGCCAUCAUUCUGGGCGUGUUGGGCAUCCUCCUGUCCAUCGCUGGGGGCAAGUGCACCAACUGCGUGGAGGACGAAGCCGCCAAGGCCAAAGUCUGCGUGGCGUCCGGCGUGAUCUUCAUCCUCACGGGCGUCCUGACCCUCAUCCCCGUGUCCUGGACGGCCAACACCGUCAUCCAGGACUUCUACAACCCAAUGAUGAUGGGCUCCCAGAAGAGGGAGCUGGGAGCGGCGCUCUUCAUCGGCUGGGGGGGCGCGGCCCUCCUCAUCAUCGGGGGUGCAUUCCUCUGCGCCAACUGCCCUCCCAAGGAUGAGUACUCCGCCAAGUACAAUGCACCGCGUUCCUCCGCCCCCAGGGACUACGUGUGAGGAGCCAGCAGCCGCCUGGGGAGAGACUGAGGGAAAAGACUUUGUGGUCACGUCCCCACAUCAUGUACGAUUUGAAUUUUCACAUGGAUUUCACCGAGCUCCCAGUUCGGUUUGACGGGUUCAGCCGCUGUCGUUUGUUUCAUCGGUGCCAAGAUAAAGACGUGAGCACCACACCCUCAACCGCCUCUGUGGGCCGGGGGGGAAAGAGAUGGAGCAACACAAACCUUCUGCUCCUCUGCUUCUGUUACUUGAUUCUCUUUUGUUGUCAACAUUUGUCCUUUUACAUCAUUUCAUGUUAAUGGUUUGAAACUGUAAAUAAAGAUUUUUUUAUUACAUUUUC